GCAACUCGCUUCUACCAUCUUUCUCCUCUCCAAUCUCAGGCGUAGACUGCUCAGGGAAUUAUACUCUUGGUUCAGCACUGGUAUUUCCGAUUUGGCAUCCCUGGUGUUGUGUCCUCCAAUCGUCACUUCGCCAGUUAUCAUAGGAGCAGCAUAGCAAGCAGCACGCGAAAACUAUAAGAAAAUCAAGGGUAAAAAGAAUAAAAAUCACAAUGUCGCUGUGGCGUUUAUCGCCAUCGACAAAACUUCUGGAGUCAUUGGUGAAAGUUUCGCAGAGUACUCCAUGUGUUUCUUAUCACGCCAAUGUGUUGGAUCACUAUGAGAAUCCGAGGAAUGUUGGAGCUCUGGACAAGAAUGACAAACAAGUGGGAACUGGACUGGUUGGGGCACCGGCAUGUGGAGAUGUUAUGAAAUUGCAGAUCAAAGUUGAUGAUAAUGGAAAAAUUAUUGAUGCCAAGUUUAAGACCUUCGGAUGUGGUUCGGCGAUUGCUUCUAGCUCCCUUGCUACGGAAUGGGUCAAAGGAAAAACGGUUGAUGAAGCUUUGAGAUUGAAGAACACAGACAUUGCUAAGGAGCUCUGCCUCCCGCCUGUCAAGCUACACUGUUCAAUGCUUGCAGAGGACGCAAUAAAGGCAGCACUCUCCGAUUAUCGAAUCAAACAACAAGACCCGAAAGAUGCAAAAUAAAAUUGGCAAACCUAAUCUAGUGAUAAAAUAACACUUGAAUUUUGAGCAAGUUUUGAGAGUUAUAUAUUCCAGAAAUAAUUAAAUAUGUACACGCGUAUAUUGUAUUGUGUAUAAAAGUGAUUAAAUUAUAUAAAUAAGAAA